CUUUGCUCAAGCUGUUUAUUUUCAGAUCACAUGUUUAGCUAGUUUGUUAGCAAUUGUUGUGACUAGUCCCUGCUAAUCCUUGCUUCCUCUAGCUUAUGUUAAUUAGCUUUUGUUCUUGCUAAUUCUUGUUAGCCUUUGCAUGCUUAGUUAGCUUCCUCUUCUGUAUCGUUUUAGGGUGAGCUUGUCGCCGAUUUACUUGCGUCAUCUUGGCGGUGUGGUUGCGCCAUCUUGGCGGUGUGGUGUUGGGGUGAAAAUCGGGAUAUAGGCCUUAUUCUCUUAUUGAGGAGAACUUUUAAAGGCUCUCAUUCAACACCCCCUCUCCCCUUCUGGUCGUCAUUUCGGUUCUUCAAUUGGUAUCAGAACUUUGGUUAGGAUCACUCCAUCUUAACCGGCUUUGUGAUCCAAUAUGGCGACCUCCAACCGCGCCUCCCUAUUUUGAUGGGUCCGACUAUCGAUAUUGAAAACUCGCAUGAAAGCCCCUCUAAAUAUUAGAGGAGCAGCGGUCUAGGAGAUUACACAUGAUGCUACCAUACUAUUCCUACGAUCCGUGUGAGUCAAGAUGAUAAGGAUAGGUAUUACGCCAACAAUAAGGCGGUUGACAUCUUGCUUUCAAGUUUGAGUCAAGCUUAGUUUGAUCGUGUCGAGGAUCUAUCUCUAGCUCAUGAGAUAUGGUCCUGCCUGGAGAGUUUCCAUGAGGGAACUAAUCAGGUGAAGGCAUGUCUUUUCGAGACUUAUCGCCGUGAGUACAAAAACUUCUCUCAUUUGCCCGAGGAGUCCACUGAUGCUCUUUUUCAGCGCCUCCUUGCGAUUGUGAACAAGAUGAAAGCAAACAUUACCGUUUUACCUUACACUGAUCAUGAUAGAGCUUUGAAGCUCUUACACGCUUUGGAUCAUGAGGUGUGGGGUACGAAGGUUGAUGCUAUCAUUGAGUCCAAAGGAUAUGAGACUCUUACGACAGAUGAGCUUUUCUCCAAGCUGAAGUCGACUGAGGUUGAUAUGAAGCUUAGAACUAAACAUGUGAACCCUAAUGAUCCUCAUAAUUUGGUUCUCAUGUAAGGAUCUGGACAGUCUUCUUCUUUAGCUAACAAAACAACCAUGUCAUUUGCCUUGUCUUCUUUGUUGUUUGUUUCAGAGGAGCAACUUGAAGUCCUUGAUGACGAGGAGCUUGCCUUGUUCACAAGUUGGUUAAUGCGCUUCAACAACAACCGCAAGAACCGGCGAAGAGGUAACAACACCUGCUUCGAGUAUGGCAAGCCUGGUCACUUCAUUGCUGACUGCCCCGACAAGAACAAACUCAAGAGCGGGUACGACUACAGCAAAGACAAGGACAAGGACAAGAAGAAGAAGUAUUACGACCGUGAGAAGAAGGAGAAGCGCAAGAAGGCCAAGGCACACGCCUUUAUCACCUCUCUCAGCGACGUCGACUCCGACACCGAUGAUCACGAUGAUCCAAGCUCAAGUGAGGAGGACGACGAUCGCAAGGCGAAGAAGGAUGCCAAGAACAUCAACGGUCUUUGCUUCUACACCAACGAGAACUGCGGCGGGUACUAUGUCAUGGCUCUUGACGCCGAUGAGCACAAGGACAACGACUCCGAGUUAGAAGCUGAGGAUGGAGGACUGGAGAACAUGUGGUUGAUUGACUACGGUUGCUCACGACAUAUGACCAGAGAUUCAAGAUGGUUCUCCAGCCUCACCCCGGUGAUGACCAAGGAGUACAUCACUUUCGGGGAUAACAGUCACGGUGAACAGAAAAUGCGACAAAGCAUCUUUGAGAUAGAGGAAGAGAAUGCAGAUGAUGGUGGUGAAGAUGAAGAUGGGAUCCAUCAUGUUCCAGUUGUUGCACAUGUACAUUCUACUUCGACUACAUUCGUUGAUGGUCCAGAUACUACAUCCAGUACACUAGGACAUCAACAUGAACCACCACAUGAUCAAGUUGAAGAAGUUCAGGAGGAACCCAGCUGAAGUUGAGGGGGAGGCUACUUCUGAGCGUGCAGCUCCAUGACAUAUUCGGCGACGUGAUCCACCUCAAAAAAUGAUCAGUAACUUAAAUGAACGCACCACUAGGCACAAAUCCAAGGAGAUUUCACAUUUUGCAUAUUCUGCAUUUGUUGCCUCUUUUGAACCCCGAGAUGUUGGACAAGCUCUCUCUGAUCCAAAUUGGGUAAAUGCCAUGCAUGAGAAGUUGGAAAACUUUGAAAGAAACCGGGUCUGAGUUUUAGUUGAACCUCCACCAAACUGCCAUCCCAUAGGAACCAAAUGGGUUUUCAAAAAUAAACAGGGUGAGGAUGGUUUGGUUGUGCGAAACAAAGCGAGGUUUGUGGCCCAGGGGUAUAGCCAGAAAGAAGGGAUAGAUUAUGAAGAAACUUUUGCCCCUGUUGCCCAUCUAGAAGCCAUUCGAAUCCUUCUUGCUUUUGCGGCUUUCAAAGGUUUUAAACUUUUUCAAAUGGAUGUCAAAAGUGCUUUUUUAAAUGGUUUCAUAGAGGAAGAGGUUUAUGUGAGGCAACCCCUAGGUUUUGAAAAUCCAAAACACCCCAACAGUAUUUUCAAGCUUCAAAAGGCUCUUUAUGGUUUAAAACAGGCUCCUAGAGCAUGGUAUGUUCGUUUGAAAAUGUUUUUGCUUGAACAAGGUUUUGAAAUGGGGUCAGUUGAUAAACUCUCUUUCUUCUCAGUCAAGGUAAUGAUACCUUAAUUGUUCAAAUUUACGUGGAUGAUAUCAUCUUUGGUGGCUCUUCUCAUGCUAUUGUUGCCAAGUUUGUAGAUACCAUGAGCAGGGAGUUCGAGAUGUCGAUGAUGGGGGAGUUGAACUUCUUCCUCAGCCUUCAAAUCAAGCAAAGCAAAGAAGGCACCUUUGUGCAUCAAGGCAAGUAUACGAAGGACAUGCUAAAAAAGUUUGACAUGGCAGAUGCUAAGCCAUUGUCAACUCCCAUGGCGACGACGACAGUCUUGAAUGCAGAUGAAGAUGGAGAGGUGGUGGAUCAGAAGGAGUACCAGAGCAUGAUUGGCUCUCUCUUGUACUUGAUGGCGACGAGGCCGAACAUACACUUCGCCGUGUGUCUGUGCACUCAUUUUCAGUCUUCGCCGCGGACCUCGCACCGACAGGCGGUGAAGAGGAUUAUGAGUGUGCAGGUGUGGAGCCCGAAGGCAGUGGCGCAGAGAAGGUGAAGGUCAUGCGGGUCCGUGCCGAUGGACCAGGAGCGGUGAAGGGCGGAUGCUGGGCGUGGACUGAGGGACUAGAGAAGCUGGGCGGUUAGCUGCAGUGGCUGACACUUGGGACAUCGAUGAGUGCGAGAAGACAUGGAGGAGUAGACCGUGUGGACCGAGUCCAAGACGGCGGUCAAGAGGGUCGAGCGGAGGCGCCAGAGGACUCGGCGAUCGGGCGGUCGAGGAUCGAGCACGUGUUGAGAUCACAGCUGACGCGUCGGGCGGACGCUACUCGCGGAGGCGGGUUUAUGGGUUUGGGCCUCAAAACCCGGGUGGAGCUUCCGAGGGAAGCGCGGCAGCACGUGGUGGAAUCCUGGAGGUUGAGUCAAGGCGACAGCAAGUCCAGGCAGGAAGCGGGGCCGCCGGAUCAGAUCUUCAGCGAGUUGCUCCAGAAUGCCUUAGGGUUAGCUGGUUCGCUUAGUUGGGGCUAAGUGGAAAUGUUCAACAGCCUCGUUAAAUAAGGAGAGGAUGGCUCCACUCAUCCUUACCUCUUGAGUUUUUUAUUUUCCUUCUCUUUAGGUUUUACUCUCCCGAGUUCUUGCUCCUUAGGUCCACGGAUGAACUAAAACCGUGUCUGUGUAAAUCGUGCUUGAGAUUUUCAUAGGAAUAGAGGCCCUAACCUCCUUUUGUC